CCCACGCAAUGCAAUUAGAAACAUCGCUCGUAACUUUACAACAAUAGCAUUUGACGAUGUUGUUAGGACUUUCAGAUACGCUUCCUCGUCUGGUAGAAGCGAAAUACAAGGCAGCAAAGGGUGCACAGAGCCUGAUAUUUUCACCCACAGAGCUCGCAAUACUCCGCACACCAAACGGCCUUCCCUUUCAAUUGAGAUAUUGCCCAUCCCUUGCGAAGAAGCCCCAGCCUCUGGCACAGAAAGCCCCCAAGACGAAGAAGCCGAACCCCUUCGAGAACCCUGACCCAGCACUACACAUUGCAGAUAUCCCCAGCUCGAACCCUACCCAUUACUUGGUACUCAACAAGUUCCCAAUAAUCCCAGAACACUUCAUACUUGUCACGAAGAGCUACAAACAGCAAACACACGCCUUAGAGGAGGAUGAUUUGGAGGCCACAUACGUUUGCUUGAAAGCAUGGCAAGGCGACUUGGCGAAUGGCCAACAGCGACGACUGUUUGCCUUCUUCAAUUCCGGAGAACAUAGCGGAGCGAGCCAGCCGCAUAGGCAUCUCCAGUUUCUGCCUGUCGAGAAUGUGAAGGCGGAUAAUGAGAACAAUGAUUGGGAGCUACUAAUCGAUGAUAUUCUGGCCAACGCAAAGCCAGCUGACCAAGAGGGCCUGCUUCAAAAUGCGGUCGUGCCUUUUACCCAUUAUGCCGUCCGUUUCCCUGAUGAGCCCACCCCGAGCCAGCUUUUGAAAGCGUAUCAUGAUCUCUACCGCGCAGCGGAAAAGGCUGUGCGAGCGUUUGAACAAAAUGAUCCUGCAAAACUGGCACUCCACUCUACGGAGGGAGGAGACCUUCCAAUAAGUUACAAUCUCGGUAUCACGACAUCUGGAAUGGUCAUAUUGCCUAGACGCGCUGAGGGCGGUAUGCUCCGACGAGAUGACGGGACCGAGGCUGGGUUUGUCGCACUGAAUGGGACCACAAUAGGAGGCACUCUUAUGGUCAAACAUGAGGAGGAAUGGAAGACGCUCCGCGCACAGCCCUCCAAGCUUGAUGGAAUACUGAAUGCUAUUGGAAUACCGAAUACGUCCUAUACACAAAAGCUCUAGGGUUCUGCCUGGACCGUCUGUACAAGUAGUAUAGCAAAACGGUAGGACGACUUUGUCGCGUACCCUUGGACGCGACGGUCCCAGUUUGAAGACUCAUCAAACCUACGCCCAGCUGUGCAUCCCUCCAUGAACAG